GACAAGGAACGUGAGAGAAUUAAAAAUUCUAAACAAAACUUACAAAGCACAGAACACAAACAAUCAAAUAAAGACAAUUGCACCAAAAAAUAUCUAGGAAAUGGACGAUAUAUUAUUUCCAACACAAAAAUCAGAUGAUGUGGAUUACAAUUUUUUUGAUAUAAAUGACGCAAAUAAUAGCAACAGCAGUAAACUUCAAGAAGAUUCAGACAAAGAUAGAGAACUGGAAGAAUCCAAAAGUGACUUAGAGGAAAUCAAAGAUGAUGUAAAAAGUAAAAAACCUGAAAGCAAACCUGAAAGUGAAGAGCCGCCCGGGAAAAAGCUUAAAACCAAAAAAGAGAUGGAAGAGGAAGAAAGAGAAAAAAUGCAAGUUUUGGUGUCCAACUUUACUGAAGAGCAACUGGAUCGGUAUGAAAUGUACAGACGUUCCGCGUUUCCCAAAGCCGCAGUUAAACGUCUAAUGCAGACAAUAACUGGCUGUUCGGUGUCACAAAAUGUUGUCAUAGCGAUGUCGGGAAUUGCUAAAGUUUUCGUGGGAGAAGUUGUGGAAGAAGCUUUAGACGUUAUGGAGGAGAUGGGCGAUGCUGGCGCUUUACAACCAAAAUAUCUUCGUGAAGCUGUGCGACGUUUAAGGCAACGUCAGCGAAUGCCGAUAGGCAAAUUUCAAAAACCAGAAAAUUCACUUCGAUCGCCUUGAAACUCUCAAGAGAUAGCAAGAGACAAAAUCGAUAUUUUGAGUCCCAAGUUUAAUACCAAUAAGAGGUCAAGUUAAUAACGAAAAAUAACUUGUUCGAUUGUUAGUUCUUCCUUUCUGAAGAGUAAAAAAAAUGGAAAAUUUUAUAAAUGAAGCCCUAUUGCGCCUAGUAUAUAGGUGAAAUUUUCCAUAAAAAAAUUACGUAUUCUUCUGAACCAAUAUGGGGACCAGAUGACCCAACUAUAGAUGACAUAGUAGCUGACUUUGCUGUCAAUCUAGUCCGGACAACCCAAUAAUAGCUUGCUUCAAAGGCUCUCUCCCCCCUGCACGUACCAGGGAAAGACUCGCCCAAACUUAGAAAAAUGUCCAA